AUGACUGUCGUGCGGGUGUCGCUCACGCACUCAUCGAGUGGAAUGCGCGUCCCCGAGAAGCGAUACGACCUUGCACAGACGAUUGCGAGCGUUAAGGCCAAUAUUGCCACACACUUUGCCACACCUCCAGACCAAAUGCAGUUGCAGCUUCUUGACGACCGCGGCGUCAAGGUGGAGUCAAACAUGGCAGAUGACAAGCAGCUAGGUUAUUACCAAUGCCGGGAUGAUUUCGUCAUCCACGUAGUGGACCUUCGUCCGGCGCAGCAAAUAGCAAACUUUGAGGAUCUCACCCAGGUGGAGAAGUACGAGAUAUCAGAAGAGGCAUACAGCAAACGGGAGGACAAUGCCAGAGCUUUUCGCCAGCUCAUGAUGGCGCGACAACGUGAGGAGGCGGAAAAGGCUGGUGUUCCCGCUACAAAGGAACUGGACGCAGACAGCUACAAGAAAGCGGCGGAGGCAAUCCACGUUGACGAUCGUUGUCAGUGCCAACCUGGAGACCGCCUGGGAACGGUCCGCUUUGUUGGCCGUGUUGCAACGCUGAAGCCAGGCUAUUGGGUUGGUGUCGAGUUUGAUGAGCCUGUGGGGAAAGGUGACGGCAGCGCCAAGGGGAUGCGCGUGUUUCAGUGCCAGCCGAACUAUGGCGGGUUCUUACGCCCCGACCAGGUGACUGUGGGGGAAUUUCCACCAGAGGAAUUCUAG